AUGCCUGGGGGUAUACGGCCGCCACCUGAAUCGCAUGGACCAUCAAGUAUUGUCCUCGCAUCCGUUUUUGGCGGCAUUGCGUUGGUGACGGUUGGAGUUCGACUUUGGGCGAGGUGCGUUAUCCAGCGUCGAGGCGGUUGGGAUGACCUCUAUGCUGGAUUGGCUGUGGUCCCCGUUCUCGGAUUAGCAGUCGCAUUUGUCCUGAGCUCGGAGGUCUAUGGCGCAAACCUCCACACAUGGGACAAUACACUUCCCAAGCUUCUCGCCCAACGCCAGCUGGCACUGGCAAUGGAGAUGCUCUAUGUGAUCGGCUCUGGACUAGUGCGAACCUCUGUUCUCCUCUUCUACCGUCGAAUGGGCUUCCGAUCGAUAUCGCGAGGUUUCAUGCUCGCUACGUGGAUCAGCAUAUAUUCCGUCGUCGGAUACAGUGUUGCGUUUCUCGCGGUUAUCUUCGGGUCAUGCCAGCCACUCCACGCCUACUGGAACCAGAUUGAUCCGUUAUGGAGGGAAUCACAUACAUGGGAGUGCUACAAUGAAGCGGCACAUAUCAUCGUCGCGACAGUUGUCGCGCUCAUCCAAGAUGCAGUUGUGACUACGCUUCCGGCGAUCUUGUGCUGGAACCUGCGGAUCUCGUUCCGCGAGAAGAUUGCCCUGGGUUCCAUAUUCGUCGUGGGAUACUUGACCCCCGUUAUUGCAGGAAUAAGACUCUACUUCAUUGUUCGAUUGUAUUAUUUCUCCUAUGAUGCGUCCUGGACUAGUUGGUAUUGUUGGAUGCUGGCCAUGAUGGAAUUGCUUAUCGCAAUUACAUGUUCGAGUUUACCAGCUGCCCGGGUCUUUUUCAACCAGUACAAGUCUUAUGUCAAUUUUGUGGCCACCGCAAAAGGGAUUAAGUCGGUUUUCAGCAGAAGUAUAUCCCGAAAGUCCAUCUCCGCCGAACGGUCGAGGAGAGCCUCGUCCAGCACUGUCAAGUUGACCGAGCCGGCCCAUUCCAAAGUUUCCUCCACGUUUACAGAUGAAGGGCCUGACGUAGAGCUGGGCAGGAUACAGAAGGUACCUGUAUAA